GCAGUGACUGCCGUGUAGUGACAAAAUGCCUCUGCAUUGGCUUUCGCCUGCUGAAGGAUUGGGGUUAGAGCUUCCUGGAGCGAAGCCCCAGGUGGUCCCCUGGCAAUCAGUGGUCAAGAUAGGACCUGAUGCCUUAGGCAGAUCUCGUAUCUGGAAAUGGCCUUGAGAGCGAGCCCUCCUGGCACCCUGCACGAUCUUUCUCUGUAUUUCUUAUCUUUCCUGUUUUCAGCUGACCGCUCACCAAGAAAUCAAAGUAUGUCCUUGGCUCGGCCCCACCGUUCUUUAAGCAGUCCUUGAGGAACUGAAGCAUGCCCCACGCCACAUGAGCCUUAGAAACUUUAUUAAUAAUAAAACAGAAGAAUAAAAGACUAUAUAGACAAAAGCUAGACCCAGGACUCUGAGAACUAGUCCCCCACGGUAGAAUAUGGUUAGUGGUGUGAGACAGAAUUCUAAGAGACAAAACUAAAAGUCCUUGCCAACACCUUGAGCACGUAGAAGGAGUUCUAUUUUGAUUAUGCUUAGCCUUGAUUUAUGUCUGGAACCCUGAAUGGGGUGAUGCAGUGAGCCUGCCAAGUUCUUUGAUCUGUUUUGUACAUAAACUGAAGCUUUGCAGAAGUAAAAUUGCAGCAGAUUUUCACUACCAGUGUGUCUGUCUGUCAUUCCCUUGCGUCGUAUCCUGGCUAUCCUAUCCUUCACCCUGUUCUCCCGUGGAUAGUGGUCUCCAAGAGGGACGGUCCGCGGCAGGUGGCGCUCGGAACAGGGACGUGAAGGAUAGAAUGCCGACUCCCCCAUCUGGAUCCCAGAUCGCCUCAUCCGACCUGCUGUUGCAAAGCAGAAGAAGGAAAAGACGGUGGCGGAAGCAGAAAAAGCAGCUCCAGCAGCAAAUGAAGAAAAUGAAACUAAGCCGGCCCACGGCAGAAAUAACAUGGACGAAGAUUCGUCAUCUGACACGAGAAGCGAAACAGCUGCUCACUGAACAAGGAAAAUCCCUGACAGCGUCUAUGUAUUUCCUCGCCUUUUUGGCCAUUAUCUCUGCUCCCCAAAGGGUGGAGGGAGUUUCCUACUGGGCGUAUGUCCCGAAUCCCCCUAUCUUGCAACCCGUGGGGUGGUUAGAUCCUGAGCCUUUGAAAGUGUUAACCAAUGAUUCAGUGAGAAUGGGUGGUGCUCAGGAUUCUGACGCACGAACUGGUUUGUCCUCUCUUAUAACCUUUGAGGGAAGGGCAGACUCGCUUCCGAUCUGCAUUUCGCUUCAAGGGAGAGUGCCUUCGGGUUGCCUGAGUACACGCUACAGUACUUUUCUCACUGACGGGCCAGACAAAGAGAAUGCAGGUAGGAGAUGGAUGUGGGAGAUUCAGAUGCAGACCUUGGGAAAUCCUAAUUAUCAUGACAACUUUACGAAAGUUCAUGAUCUACCUAUAGAUCCCUGUAUAGGAAAAUAUAGAGACAAGAAUCAAUUUUGGGACUCUUCUUUGUCUAAGUUUCCUACAUGGCUAGCUUGUGGCUUUUCGGAUUCUGCGAUGUGGGUUAGGCCUGUUGAUUAUGAUUAUGAGAUAUGGGACUAUUCAAAUUCUAAUUCAGGGGUUAAAAGGAGCAAUGGCAAAGGACUUUAUGAAGAUUACAUUGAUACCCAUAAAGACAAGUACCACAAUUAUGCGUGGACUGGAUUAGGAGAGCCACUUAGGCGAUGGUUUUCUCCAGGAUUUGUAGAACCCUACUGGUUUGCAAAACAUGAAAAUAAGACAAGGAAACAUACUGAUCUUUUUAGACUGGUUGCUGCAGCCAAUAUGUUUCUGGAAAAGAAGCCCAAUCAUACAAAAUCUGAACCUGUCGGACUGAAAGCCUGUAUAGCAUAUCCUAAUGCAUUGCUGUUAGCUCAGGCAACUUUUGUGAAUAUUUCUCAGGAAGGGAAGUCGUAUAAAAUAGUUUGUCAUUCCUGUAAAUUGACCAAUUGUAUAACAUCGGCAGAACAAAAAGAGUUAGGUACUAUGAUCAUUGUUAGACGCCCUCCUUUUGUGAUGUUGCCUGUAGAUUUGGGGAAUGAUCCCUGGUAUGAUAAUUCUGCUAUGCAGGUUUUAAACACUCUAAAUGAGUUGAUUAGGCCAAAGCGAUUUGUAGCAGUAUUAAUUUUGGGAAUUACAACAUUAAUUUCUAUAUUAACCACCUUUGCUAUGGCUACUACAGCCCUGGUGCAGGAAAUUCAUACUGCCCAUUAUGUGAAUGCUUUGAAUAAAAAUAUUACUUCAGCAUUAUUAGAACAAGAAGCUAUAGAUAAGAAGUUGGAAGCAAAAUUAAAUGUGCUAGAGGAAGUAGUGCUCGUUCUUGGUCAGGACAUUGCUAAUUUAAAAACAACUCUAUCAACACGUUGUCACGAUGAUUUUAAAUCAAUCUGUGUCACACCACUACCUUAUAACACUUCACAGCCAUGGGAUAAAGUUAAGGCUCACCUACAGGGAUUGUGGCGGGAUAACGAUAUUACUCAUGAUCUAGCCGCAUUACAAAAGGAUAUUUCUGCUAUGAGUCAAUCUCAUUUACAAUUAGGGGGACUGCAAGAUUUGGCUUCGCAAUUGGAACGUGGACUUAAGAGCCUUAAUCCCUUAGAUUGGGUGCAGUACUUUGUAUUCAUUGGAGUAAUUAUACUCUUGAUAGUAUUGGUCAUCUUUUUAUUCCCCUGUCUCUUAAAGUGCUUAUUUUCUUCAUUACAGGCAGUGAAACAGGAGGAUCUUCCCUUGCGUUCUCUAAGCUGCAUGUUCAAUGGCGUGAUUAAUGUACUCCAUGUAAAGAUCAGGGUAGCAGAGUCUCGGAGUGAGAUUGACUCUUUCAAGAAGACGUCUGAGAGUCUCGGCAUUGCUGGCUUCAGAAACCAGGAGGUGGAUGUAUCCUCCAUCUGGUUCCAACUUGUGAAACCCCCCAGGGAGACGAUGAUUGACGUCGGUAGCCGGCUCUCUGCCUCGCUGCCUUGGCAGCCGAGCUACCAGGAAAAUGACGGGCAGCAGCAGCAGAGAAACAAGUGGACGAAACGAGCUGAAACCGGGAAUGUGGGGGACAGGCUGGGCGAAGAUGACAUUAAUGCAACCUAG